UGCGUCGUGACCCCGGCGCACACGGAGGCGGCGACUCUUACCUCACAGAGGUAGCUCCUCCGCCGACAGCAACUCGGCCCCCGCGGUCCAUGGACCGGAACCCUGGGCCGACGGGCAGGAACCCGGGCCGCGAUCGCCGCCUCCCAGCCCCAGGCUCCUCCUCCUCCUCGUUCCCCGCCGCCUCCUCCGGACGCCCGCUGGCCGCGCACAGCCGCCGCCGGGCUCGCGGAGCCGCCCCAGGAGGUUUGGUGGCGGGUUCGCGGCUACCGCCGGAUUGAGGCCUACUCCUCCGCCUCUCAGUGCUAUUGUCCCUGGGCCUGGCCCUGACGGGUCCACCGGGGAGGGCCGAGGGCCGCCGGCUGCGCGGAAGAUGCCGGACCAAGCGCUACAGCAGAUGCUGGACAGAAGUUGCUGGGUAUGUUUUGCCACUGAUGAAGAUGAUAGAACGGCUGAAUGGGUGAGACCGUGCAGAUGUAGAGGAUCUACAAAAUGGGUUCACCAGGCUUGUCUGCAGCGCUGGGUGGAUGAAAAACAAAGAGGAAACAGCACAGCUAGAGUGGCUUGCCCCCAGUGCAAUGCUGAAUACUUAAUAGUUUUUCCAAAGUUGGGUCCAGUUGUUUACGUCUUGGAUCUUGCAGAUAGACUGAUCUCAAAAGCUUGUCCAUUUGCUGCAGCGGGAAUAAUGGUUGGCUCUAUCUAUUGGACAGCUGUGACUUAUGGAGCAGUGACAGUGAUGCAGGUUGUAGGCCAUAAAGAAGGUCUGGAUGUUAUGGAGAGAGCUGAUCCUUUAUUCCUUUUGAUCGGACUUCCUACUAUUCCUGUCAUGCUGAUAUUAGGCAAGAUGAUUCGCUGGGAGGACUACGUGCUUAGACUAUGGCGUAAAUACUCAAAUAAACUACAGAUUUUGAACAGUAUAUUUCCAGGUAUUGGCUGUCCUGUUCCUCGAAUUCCAGCUGAGGCCAAUCCUCUAGCAGAUCAUGUCUCUGCUACCCGAAUUUUGUGUGGAGCUCUUGUCUUUCCUACUAUUGCAACAAUAGUUGGUAAACUGAUGUUCAGUAGUGUUAACUCUAAUUUACAAAGGACAAUCUUGGGUGGAAUUGCUUUUGUUGCCAUAAAAGGAGCAUUUAAGGUUUAUUUCAAACAGCAGCAAUAUUUACGUCAGGCACACCGUAAAAUUCUAAAUUAUCCAGAGCAAGAAGAGGCAUAAACUGUGACUUCUAGCUGUUCUGCAUCUUCGCAUCCUUACAAGUCUGAUGUGUUGUUUUGAUUCCAUCAUUACUGCGCUAGUGGAGACUUGUGAUAAGCUGUUGCUCCUAUAUUUUUCAGGAAUGUAAUAAAGCAUCUAGGGCAGGGGAAAUCCUCUCAGUACUCGCAAAACCUGAGGACGUGACUUGGUUUGUUUGGUAUGUACUUCUGUGGCAGUCACCUGAACCAUUAUCUUAGCAUGGGAAGCCUGAGUUUUCUUCAGAUUUGCUCCAAACAAAAGUGUAAAGCUCGUAUUGUACAAAUAUUAAAGAAUGCACAUGCUGUUUUAUUCAGAUGCCUCUUUUGUACAUGUUCAUGUUCAGUGUUUUCUUAGAGUCAGCAAGUCAAUGAAGGUACUAUAAGGAUUUUUCUCACUGGCAUAAUUUGAUUACCUGCUAAUUAGGAACAUAUGUUAAUAUGAGGAAAUGUAAAUUUAGUUAUAAAUAACAAAGAAUGUAUGUAAACACUUAAAUAACCGCCUGAACAAAUGAGUUUCCUGUGUUUUCCUUAAUCCAUGAGAUGUACUCCAAACAUAUGUAAGGUAAACAUUUACAGGGCUUCCAGAUCUCUUUUUCACUAUUAAAUUUUAUUUAUAUACUAUUGAUAUCUCAUAGCUUAGAAUGUAACUUUGACUCGUGUGGUCUGGAUUACUGUAUGUGUGCGUAAGAACGAGUGAUCAUGUCCUUCCACCUCUCAAGUAAGGUUUUUAAAAUCAAUAUUUCUAAAAAUUAGAGCUACCAGUUUAUAGUUUGAGCAGAACGAUUUGCAAAAAAGAAACCAAUAAAGUUAUUUUACCUCCUC